GCCCCUUUUACACUCACGCUCUCUUCUAGCUAUCCCUCCGCAUCCAGCAUGCCUACAAAUCAAGAAGCAAAGGAAGUAGCAGAGCACAUAGCAUCCCGCCUACACCAGCAUAACACCAACAGCGGAAAUCCGCAACAAAGCAGCAUUCCCCACCUCGUGCUCGAGAUCGCUGUCGAGUCGCUCAAGAUCCAUAGACUGCAUUUAGAGGAACGGGUGAGGCAGUCUCGAGCAGCUAUGCCGAAGAAGAGCGAUUCCCGGAAAGGUAUGAACCGUGCUGAGAGUGAGCGUCGCGGGCAUGGACACCGCGAGCGGGAUUCACAACAACGGCGUCACAGCUCUUCAGUUCAGGGAGAGCCAGUUCAUCGUUUGCACACACCGAGUCCCCGUGCGGGAAGAGUAGAAGUGCCUAACCCUCCUUCCAACACACCAGUUCCCGCGUCUCCACCAGGAGAGAGGCGAAAGCGAAGAAGACGCAUGUCCCCCAUCGGUAAUCCGCCCACGUACCAGCCCAAAAUGGGCUUGACGCUAGGCUUCGGGACGCUUGUACGAAAUUGCAUCGAGUACGAAGCCAGACGGAUAGGUAAAGAGCAGCGCAGGAAAGAGAGGCGGGGAAGGCGUGAUGAGCGAACGAGAAAGCCCAGCGAGAGAGAAACGCAGGAGGAGCUGGAAAAGGCGCAUGGCUCGGUUGCACAGGCUACGGGACAUGAGCCUCGACGUUCCUCUGACCCGCCAACCUCAGGUAGUAGGUCCAGGAGACUGGGUGCCAAUCGUUUCAGACCUAAUGGCAAGAGUGCUCCGCCUGUUGGACCGGGAGGGAAGUAUCGUCCAGCUCAGUUAUAUUACGGUCGACGAGAUAGCCCUCAUCAGGUGGAAAGCUCGCGGCAACCCAGUGCUGGCGAGAAUCCUCGACGAGGGAGUAGACGGACUCCUAAUCAAAGUAUCCUACUCACAGUACAAGGACCUCGAACAGCAACAGAAACGUUAGCUUCGGCGAAAAUUGCCCCCCGAAUUCGCAACGGAUGAGCAGGUACGCUGGAAGCCCUUCAGGUAAUCCACAUGGACGGCGAAAUGACACUGAAACUCAUUCAGUCCGCUCAACCCAAUCUGACGUCCCGUCGUCACCGAAGAGCAGCACAGCAGUCGUCGGCUACGAGCGCAACCCGCAAGGCAAUCGAGUCGAGCAAAUGGAGAGGGAGCAGGCGGGAAGUGCUCGAAGAGGGCAAUCGGCCGCUGGUCCAUCAAUCGCUCCGGGGAGUAGCGGAGUGGGCCGUGGUGAGCCUAGUUGGAAUUUUGACAACGUAGAUUAAGUGGUGUGGGAAGCGGUGAGGAGAGUUACCUACAUACCCUAGGGUAGUGGUGGUGUUUCGGGUAGCGCUCCAUAGAUGUAGUCUGAUAUGGCUUAGAACAAGUAUCGUAGCAACUGUUCUGUCUACGUAAGCCAUCAAUGUGCGAGUGGGGUUGAACAGAACUUU